AUGGCGGGUCGUGGCAAGACACUCGGGUCCGGUUCGGCAAAGAAAGCCCAAUCGAGAAGCAGCAAGGCGGGGCUCCAGUUUCCCGUCGGUCGUAUAGCCCGUUUUCUGAAGGCUGGUAAGUACGCCGAGCGUGUCGGCGCCGGAGCGCCGGUUUAUCUCGCGGCUGUCCUGGAGUACCUGGCUGCGGAGUUGGUUGAUAACCUCCCUUAUCUUAAUCACGUUCUUCACGAGUUUUCUCCAGCUUUAUCAGUUGUUGACCAACCCAACUCAAUAUCUGCUCUGUACAGCUCCCAGAAGAACCAAAUUCCUGACUUUUAA